GCAGAGGCUGCUGGGCAUGCUCAGUGGGCAGGACCCGUUAGAGUGGCGAGUAAGGAAGCGUUGGCUCUUCUCCGGGUCUGCCUUCCCCGGUUCAGGCCCCGGCCCUGGGCUUUUGUGUGCGCGGAGCAGCAGCCGCCGCUGGCUCCCCGCGGGGCCGCCCGACCCCAGAUGCCGUGUGGCCUGUCCGGUGUCCGCCGUUAACCUCGCUGCGCGGCCGGAGGAGGAGCGGGGCGGGGCGGGGCCGGCGGGCCGACAGCCGGGCGGGCAGGAGGGCCCCGCCGGGGGUGGGGGCGGCACAGGCACCAAGAUGUCCAACCGAGUGGUCUGCCGGGAAGCCAGUCACGCCGGGAGCUGGUACACAGCCUCAGGACCGCAACUGAAUGCACAGCUAGAAGGUUGGCUUUCACAAGUACAGUCCACGAAAAGACCUGCUAGAGCCAUUAUUGCACCCCAUGCAGGGUAUACGUACUGUGGGUCUUGUGCUGCUCAUGCUUACAAACAAGUGGAUCCAUCUAUUACCCGGAGAAUUUUCAUCCUUGGGCCUUCUCAUCAUGUGCCCCUUUCUCGAUGUGCACUUUCCAGUGUGGAUAUAUAUAGGACACCUCUGUAUGACCUUCGUAUUGACCAAAAGAUUUACGGAGAACUGUGGAAGACAGGAAUGUUUGAACGAAUGUCUCUGCAGACAGAUGAAGAUGAACACAGUAUUGAAAUGCAUUUGCCUUAUACAGCUAAAGCCAUGGAAAGCCAUAAGGAUGAGUUUACCAUUAUUCCUGUAUUGGUUGGAGCUCUGAGUGAGUCAAAAGAACAGGAAUUCGGAAAACUCUUCAGUAAAUAUCUAGCGGAUCCUAGUAAUCUCUUUGUGGUUUCUUCUGAUUUCUGCCAUUGGGGUCAAAGGUUCCGUUACAGUUACUAUGAUGAAUCCCAGGGGGAGAUUUAUAGAUCCAUUGAACAUCUAGAUAAAAUGGGUAUGAGUAUUAUAGAACAAUUAGACCCUGUAUCUUUUAGCAAUUACUUGAAGAAAUACCAUAAUACUAUAUGUGGAAGACAUCCCAUUGGGGUGUUAUUAAAUGCUAUCACAGAGCUGCAGAAGAAUGGAAUGAAUAUGAGCUUUUCCUUUUUGAAUUAUGCCCAGUCAAGCCAGUGUCGAAACUGGCAAGACAGUUCAGUGAGUUAUGCAGCUGGAGCACUCACGGUUCACUGAAGCUCUGAAUCCUCAGGGAUGCCACCUGCACAUACUCAUACUCUGUCCAGGGUCCCAGCCUAACCCUUACCAAGAUACUGGUCCUGGUUUGGGGGAAUUCUGAAACCUCAAACUAAUGGAACUUUCUUUUCUUCUUUUCUAGUAGGUGUAGUCCUUCCUUAAUUUCAACUCAUUAAAAAAAUGCUUUAUAGUUUAGAGCAGUGGAAGGAAGGCUGGCAUCAAAAUAUUUUGAUCAAAAAAAAAAAAAAGGCAAUGUAAAGGCACAGUUGUGGCAGUCAGUUUUUUGAAAGUUAACUUGUAAAGCAUUUACCAUAUCCUAAAUUUGCACUCUUUGCAGACUUGUGCACAUAUACUCCGCUUUCAGAAUAGUUUUGCAAAUUGUACACAAACAAACAAAAAGGGUGGAAGCUUUUUAAUAAAGAAAUUGCAUUUAUAAAUGAUCUGUAUUAGAAUAUAAAAAUCUCCAGUUAUAGUCAAUUACUACCCGUGUUGUACAACAGAUACCUUCUAUUUUAGUUGCUAAUAAAGGGCUACACAACUCAAAAUAGUCUGAUUUAAACUUAUUGCUCUGUGGUACAUAUGAAAAUUGUUUUUUAUUAAUUCCAUUUCAGAAUUUUUAUGUUAAAAGUGGUAAACUUUAGCUCUUAUGUAAAAAUAUGUUAAGAUGUAUUUUUAUAUUUUACAUAUUUAUGUGAUUUUUUUAUCACAGAUAUUAGAAUCAUAUUUUAAAGUUAGCUUUUAAAAUUACAUACAGUUUGCCUUUUUAUGUGUGACAUCACUUUGUGUCAUUACUGUAUUAUAACACAAUAUAAAUUCAAGAUUGGUAAAGAACAUAGGUGUAGUCCUGUAAUUCAGAGAUAGUGCUUGAUAGGCAGUAGUCUGCAAAUGAGGAAAUACUGAAGAAUGUUCUUAGUGGUUUUCAAAUCAUUGCAGACCAUACACUGCUGCUAUGCUUUUUUAGUGCUUCAAGCAAUUUGACUGUCUUACUUGAAUUUUUAGCAAGAAGUCAUUAACAGUAACAAAAAACCACUGGAUUUUCUUACAGUUCUACAAUUUUUUUUGUCAUGAUUUUUGGUGCGGCUCUUCCAACUAAAAUAAUGGUAUGGUGUUGUAUUUCUUCCUUUAGCAUAGACCAAUCGUAGUCACUUUGGCAAAAAAAAAAAAGUUAAUUCAAUUAGUUAAUAUUGGCCAUCAUGUAUGUACUAGAUUAUACCUAUUUUAAUAUAACAGUGGGUAUUAUUACAUUGGAGAGCAUUUAUAUCUUCAGUGUUAUGCCAGAAUAGCACAAUUUUUAGAUGCCUUGCACCAAUUUUACUUAAAGAUUUGCAUUUCUUACUAAAUACCAACUUUCUAUACUCAAGAACUGAGAUAAAAUACUGUAAUCUUUUGGAUUCAAAAUUACCCACCAAUCCAUAUGUGGAAAUUAUAUUCUUACAUAUUAGUGAUUUAUUUCUCAUCAUUCAGAUAUACUUUUGAGUACUGUAAAUAUUUAUUCCUUAUUUAUUAUAUAGACUAUAAAAAUUUCAAAAUUGACUACAGAGUACAUUUUUAAUGUUUUCUGGGUAUAAAACUAAUUACAUGAUUAUUACAGAAAAUUUAGAAAAUGCUGAUAGCUAUAAAGAAGAGAAAAAAAAUUACCUGCAAUCUCACUAUUCAGAGAUAUACACUGUUAAUAUUUUUUGUAUUUCCUUUCGGUCUUUGUCUAUGCUAUUUAUAUGUAUGAGUGUGUAUAUGUGUUUGUGUGUGUGCGUAAUAACAAAAUUGAGAUUAUGCUGAUCAUAUAGUUGUAUAUCCUACUUUUUAUAACUGACCAUCAUAAGUACUUCCCCAUGUCUUUGAAAAUGUGAUUUUUAGAAAUGGCUGCCUAAUAUUCUAUUGUAUGAAUACAACAUGAUUUAACCAGUUCUCUCUUUGGAUAUUAGAUUGUUUCUAAUGUUUGACAAUUAUAAAUAAUAGUGGGAUGGACAUCUUUGUAUGUGAAAUUUGAAUUCUAUAUUAGACUAGUUCUUUAGGAUAUAUUCAUGGGAAUGGGAUAAUUGGUUUAGAUGGUGAGAACUUUUUAAGCUCUUUAAAAUAUGACCAAGUUAUCCUUCAGAAAGAUUGUACCAAAUUAGCAGUUUAUGAGUACUCAUCAUACUGCCGCUUUUCCACUAUUAUUUUUUCUAAUCGUUGACAAUUUGUUAAGCAAAUAAUUGGUUGUUCUUUUGAUCAUUCUAUUAAGAGUGGCUUUAUAAUGAAUUAUUUUUUUCCCUUCUGUAAUUUUAUAGUUAAUUGAUUAAUAAAAAACACAAGAGGGUUGGUAGGUUGAGUGGGCUAUAGCCCUCUGAGUAUGUUUACUGUACAUUUAAAUCUCCAAAGUACUUCAACAUCACUUUACUUUAUCCUGGAAUAUGAGCUAUCUUUCUUAGUCAUAAAGUAGAAAGAGUUCCAAACUGAUAGUUAAGUGUUGGGUUCUGGAUCUGCCUCUGCCACUAAUUAUUUGUCUCACCAUAAAUAUUUCAUGUUGUAUCAAAACUUUAACUGUAAAAUGUAGAGGUGAUCUUUUAAGCACUUUCCGGUUUCAAAGUACUUUGAUCUUGUGAUUUUGCUCUCUAGAGGUUCUAAUGUCAUUUAUGUUUAAAAAACUACAUGGUUGAAUUGGAUUAGAAGUAUUAUCUUUUGAUUUCAACUCUACAUACAUGAAAACGAAAGUCCUUUUUUUAAUACAAAAGGGAAAUUAAUUUGCAUUACUUAAUGCAGUUAAUAGUACCUAAAUUGUUGAACUUAAGCUUUCCUGCUUUAAGUGCCUUUAAAAGUAUUUUUAUUUGAAAUAUAAAAUGUAAAGGAAAUUUUAUGUAGUUCUAUACAGUUUCUUUUUUUUGAUAUACUUUUGAGUUAUUAGCAGCAACUUUUUUUUAAACCUUAGAUUGCACAGAGCAGUAUAUUCAUGGAUUCUUCAUUAUUCGGGUAAUGAGUCCUUGAGAAAUGUAUGUUAAAGAUUAGCUCAGUGAGCAGGUAAGUAAAUGCUCCUGUCUUGGGUGGGCAACAAAUCUUUUAUACAGAGUAGGGAUAAAGGAUUAUUCAGAUUCCAGUGUUUAGAUAUUCCAAUGGAGAUAGUAGGUGUCCUGAGUUAGUUAAUGGUUAUUAUUGCAGAUCUCAAAUUUUUCUUUGGUAGCAAAUAGUUCAUUAUCGUAGAUUAGAGGUUGGUACAUGUUUUGUGUGAAGGGCCACAUAAUAAAUAUUUUAGGUUUUUCAGGCCAUCUAGUCGCUCCACAGCUAUUCACUUUUGCCAUUGUAACACAAAUGCAGCCAUAGACAAUGUGUAAAUGAGUCAUUAUGGCUGUGCUUCACUCACACUUUAUUUACACAAAAAGAUGGUGAGCUGGAUUUGGUCCAUAGGCCGUAGUUUGCUGUCCUAGAUGGUAUAGUUCACUUGUAGUUCAAAUUACUGGCUAGUAAUUUAAACUGCAACAAAUGGUUGUGAGUUUCUGUCAUUCCAGCCCUCUCUUGAUUUGAUGUAGUCUGGCUGGCUGGGUUUGAAUGUUAUUUAGGAUUAUAAAGGUAAGUGGGAAGUGGGUAUGGGAAACUGGAAACUAUUAGGGAAAAAAGCACUUUGAAGCCCUUUUAUUUGCUAGAGCCCAUUAGAGUUUUGCUUUGCUGCCAUAGUUAAUCAAAAGAGUGAUGAGUGGAGGUUGUGAUUGGUGGUUGCAGAUUAUAUAAAUUAUUCUUAAGCACUUGGCUACCUAGAUGAUAGUAGAGGGUGGAACAGAUAAGAGAAAUUGUGAAAUGUGACUUUAUUUUGCCAUAUAAAGAAAGACUGUUGGAAAAAUAACUACCAUCUUCCAUCACCAUCACUUUGUUUAAGACCCCCUCAAAUUCCUCCCAUAUUUAGGAAGAACAUGAACUUAGGAUAAAAGAGAGUUAUUUAAGUUGAAUGACUUUAAGUUGAUGGAAAAAUUGCUCCACCUGUUCUUUUCUCAUCUACUCUGUAUCACUGAAAAUUUCAUCAAGGAGUAGUAUCAGUCCACAGACUGGCAGUUGGAAAGUGCUGUGAUACAGUUGCUGAAAGAUCUAAUGUAGUUAUAAAAUUAUUAUUGAUAAGGAGAUGUAGUAAACCACAUGUACUCUGAUAUUCAGACUAAAACUUUUAUAUUAUUGUGUUAAAUUGUAAGUGCCACAUAUCAAAAGUGACAUUGUGAAGUAUAGUGUUCAUAAGGAGGCAGACUGAAAAUUGUAAGCGCCACAUACCAAAAAUGACAUUGUGAAGUAUAGUGUUCAUAAGGAGGCAGACUGAAUGUUGAAAGUCUUGAGUGGGAUGCAAAGAAAUUGGUGAUACUUAUUUUGGAGAAAAUAAGUUUAAAGAGAGGGAGUUUUCUUCAGAUAUUUGAGUGACUGCCAUGUGUAAGAAGGAAUAGAAUUGUUCUGUCUUGUUCUAGGUGGAAAAAUUAAUUAUAAGAAAUGGAAGUUUCUGGUUCCACAUUUAAGGAGAAUUAUGUGUAUGAGAAUUUCUACAUGAAAAUCAGCUCUGUCCUCAUAAAAUCAUUGGAAGUAUUCGCACAAAAGCUAGAUCAGUGGUUCUCAAAGUAGGAGCCCUAUACUAUCAGCAUCAGCACCACCACUGGGGUAUAUUACCUGUGUAGACCUGAAAUUAUGGAUCACCAAGCUGAAAAAAAGCUAAUGGAAUUAGUAUAAAUAAAAUGGAACUUAUUUCAUUUGUAUAAAACUGUUAAGGGAAAUCAUUUUUAAAUAAAAACUGAUUUUGAUCAUUUAACACUAACUUUCAACAGAGAUUAUAAAUUGAUGAUUGUUACUUAAUUGUUAGUGAAAGUGACUUAGCUUUCCUAAAUCUAAAACAGAGCUAUAUCAGUAUCAGAAAAGGGUAUUGAGGGAGCUUGCUCUUUUUAUAUUAUAUUAUUUUAAUGUCAAAAUAUUGGGAGGGGAACCAAGAGCAGCUGGCAGAUAAGUUUUCUCUGCCCUUUUCCUCUUUUCCUAUGCUGUAAAUAUGACCGAGUGGCAUGUCACAGUAUUACAUUGACCAUGCUAUAUACAUUUGGUAAAAGUAAUGCUGGUAACUGGAACUUCUGCCUUUGUAACGUAAUUGUUGUGUAUGGAGUUUGUUUGCCUAUCCUAAGUUAAUUGAUAUGUUCUGUUUUUUGGGUCCUCUGUGAAGAACCGUAGAGUUUUAGAUUUGUCAUUUGUUCAAGGGUUCUCCAGUGGUCACAGAGUGGUUUGUACCCAGGGCUUAUCACAUUUACAGUGUUUGUAUUUAAUUCUAAUGCAAGGUUUUGGCCAUCACCCUAGAAAAAUAAUGGAAAAAAUUUAAAGCCAGUUCUCCUAAUUUUGAAAGCCAUAUAAUGCAAUUGGUUUUUAAAUUGUACACUAUAUUGAAAUGUAUAUUUCAUACUGUAUAAAGUGAGGUUUGUAAUUUUACUAGAUACAGUCCUAUUUUUUUCCUAUCAGCCUAAUAAGGAAACCAAAGAGAAUGUUAUUAACUUAUUCAAGGCCAAGUGUAUUCAGCUAUGAGUAAGACCUUAGUUCUGGUCUUUAAGUCUGCCAAUGUAAACUUUGGAAAAUAUUUUAAUUUUUGUGACCACAGUAUUCUCUGAAUUACUUACUGAAUGUGAUAUUAUAUACAUUUAAGUAAAAAAUAUUAAAGCAAGAUGAAAACUAAGAAAAUUAGAAUGACAUGUGAAUGACAUCAUAUAAAUGACAAGACUGAGUUUUGUGAGUUUUAAAAUUAAAUACCUAGACUGUUGAACUAGAUUUAAUAAAAUAUUUUUACCUUAACAAUUUUAUAAAUGGAAAUUCUUUUCUAAGAAGUUUUUUUUUCCAUUUAAAAUUUACCCAUUUAAAUCUAGCACAUAAGAGACUUCAGUUGGUAUUGGUUCAACUUUGAUGAAUUGAAUUUUAAAGCAAGGAGAACAAAAGGCAAUCUUUAUAUGAAGUGUUUUCUAAAGGACAGGAAAACAAACCUUUUAACUGGAAGCAAUUUUUAAUUGGCUUUUUCCAUGUUCAGUUUUUGAUUGUGGAAACCAGCUUCCUUAUUAAUUUUAAAAGAUGGUAGAAUUUAAUAUUCCUAGGCUCUAUGUAAUGCCAAAUGAAUGAUAAUAUAAGUGAUCUGGUAAAUUUGAAACCAUUGGCCCAUGAUUCUUAGCUCAUAUUUUAUAAUAUCCUAUGGUGUUUACUGUUAUUUAAAAGUGUUACAGAGUUUUUAAAACAGCUUAUUAAACUGUGUUUUAGCUGUUUGUCCAAUGACAUGUCUAGCCAACUCUCAAGUAAAAAGAUGUUUUGAGGUGCUAGAAGCUUUGCACUGGAAUCCAUUUUCAGCUUUGCCAGUGAGUUGCUACUGAUUUGCUGGAACAAAUCAUUGGUCUUUCCUAGAGCAGAGUUUAUCUCUUUAUUAAUGUGUGUUAGAAGUGAAUAGUAUGACUCCUAAGGGCCUUUCCACCUUUGACUUUUUAUGAUGAUAAUAAAAAUACCUUAUUAUUUAAUAUAUUGUACUUUUAACAUAUUGUAAUUUAAAAAAUAUGUUUCACACCUUUUUCUUUUCUCUUAGUCUCAACAAUAAGUAGGCCAGACGUUACUGUAUUUUUACUGAUAGAGACUCCGAGGCCCAUACAAAUAACAUGACUUAUAUAAGUUUGCAUGGCUAGUUAGUAUGAAGAGCUAGCAAGAAUUCAGCUCUUCUAAUUUUUAGUCUUGUGUGUUACAAAUGCUACACCAUAUUAUUAUUCUAUGUUUUGUUUUUGGUGCUGGCUCUUUGAGAUAUCAUAUUGAAUUCAAAUAGUAAUGGGUUUGUGCAAAUUUAGUGAAAAUGGGAAUGAUUCAUGUAAACAUCUACUUUGAUUAAUUCAGGCAAAAAUAGAUUUUUUUUGGUGGAUUAAAAUACUCCUAAUAACUGCAGACUUCUGUUCUCUUUGCUGGGAGGUUUGCUUUUAGACCUCAAAAUUCUGUGCUAUUGCUUGCAUCGUUAAAAAUGCACUUCUUCUUUGUAAUGCGACUGUGACAAAAAAUGAAUUUAAGUUUUGUGAUUUCUGAUGGUGAGACUUUGCAGCAGACACUCUCACCAUUCCAGUUCAUGCAUUAACGUGUCCUGCAAGCACCUGCGACUCUGCCUUGGAUUUUCUCACCUGCACACAGGGCAGACUGGAAGUGCUAGGAAGAUAAUCCUCUGGGAGCAUCCCUCAGCCAGUGAUAGAUGGGAAUCGGAGAAUAAUUAUUCCAGCUUCCUUGCCCUUCUGGUAUACUUUGAGGCAUGUUUCAUGUUGUUUCCUAGAGUUUCCAGUGGGGCUGGACCUCAUUGCCCACAACAGGAGACUGUUAAAUAUGCAUUCUUUAUUUUCUUCCUCUUCUUCUCUGUCUUUAAUUAGUCUCAUAAUCACAUCCAUGUUCAAAUUAAUUUCCUUAGCUUCAUUUCCUAACAAAGGAAAGAUUCAAGGUAAAACUCUUAAGUAGAAAUUCAGGGUAAAUAUCUUAUGUGGAAAUAUUUCUACCAUAUCUUUUUGUCCUUCUAAAAAAAGUUAUGGCCUGAUUUUCCAAAUGCUUUAUAAGGACACACUGGUUAUCUAUUUUGGUAGAAAUUGAAUUAACAUGGAAUUUGGUUCAGCCAACAUUAUAGAUUAUUUUCUACUUGAAUCCAGCCUUCUCAUCUCUUACCAGGACCUGCUUAUUCACAAUCUGUGACCAGGAUUAGCCUUGAUGAACAUUGAUUGUAAGGAUAAAUUUAGUUCCUGGCUAAUUUCCCCAAAGAUUGCUCUGUGGUCCUUGUUAACUCAAAACUUUUUCUGAUUUAUUAAAGAUUAAGAAUAUGGAGUUUUAAAGUUGAAUAAGCGCUAUGUUAAAUUCAGUGUAUUGUAAGUACAUCUUUUGUAGUUCUUGGAUACCUUUUUUUUGAACUAGAAAUAAUGAUUUUUAUGUUUUUAAAAAAAUUGAUGUGGGAGAUUUGUAUUCCUUUUAGGUAUAUGUUAGUUAUCAGUCUUCUUCUUUUUUCCAUGUAAAAAUUGUGUUUGUAUGUCUGAAAUGUAUUCUCUAUUGAUUUGGUUUAUGCGAUGGAACAUGCAUGAAUUUAACCAAGUUUAUAGUUCUAUUUAUAGGGCCAUCCUAAGAUUAGCACGCACAGAUAUUUUUCCAUAGGAAAAAACAAAACAUUUAAAGAAUGUAUUUUAAUUAGUUAUCCUUUUUGUAAAGUAACAUCUUUAAACAUUUGUAUUUUUUUUAAGCAAAAAUACCAGAGAGUGUAUACAGAGUAUUUUCCCUCAAUGCAGUUGCCUUGUGGUAACUUCACAUUCUGCCAUGUUCUUUUGAAUAUAUGACAGGGCGUUUAUUGACCUUUGAGGUUACAUUUGUCUGUUAGAAAUGUUCAAAGGUCAGCUGGGUGAUUAAAUUGGAUAAUAUGGUCUAGGGGGAAAAUAGUUACAAAGGAGUAAGUCUGACUUUCUCCUGGGACACAUCAAACUGGUCUAAAGUGGAAACUGUCUCCUCAGAAUCUCUGCAGUGGCAUAUUGGAAAAAGCUUGUAGUCUAUUAAAGUAACUAUUCAUUUGUAAAUAUAAGUUCUGUUAUUUCAAAAACAUUAAUCUUGUUAUUUUUUAGACGUGUUACUUCCCAACAACUAAUUUAUUAUCAAAUCCAGUCAAGGCUUUUGACAUUUCAAAUAUCUCAAUAUGAUAGAUUGAAAAUUUGGAGUAAGAACCGGAGAUGAUUUUUAAAAUGUGUCAAGAAGGCUGUCCCAUUUCCUGAACACUAAAUAUUUUCUGUAAGGAAUGUUAGAUCAAAAAUGUGAAAUAUCUUUUUACAGUCUUUACUGGAAGCUGAUUCUUUGUGCUAAAUGUGAACAAUCUCAUGAUAACUUGAUGUAAAACAAGCUUGAAAAAUUGUCUCUUUUCAAAAGUUCACAUAUUUUCCAUCACCAGUAGGCCACUUAUGCAAUACCUCUGUACUAAGUAUUCAAGUACAACCUGGACUUUUUAAGGUUUAAAAAGUGCUCCCUGCCUACAUUAAUGUUAAGUACUUGUAUUUAACAAUGUUAUAUUUCUGAGUGUUUGUUAAUUUGAUGAAUCUUAUAGUGUUAGUCUGUUCCUGAAAGUUCUACUUGGUACAGUUGUCAGAGAAAAUUAACUUGGAUGAAACAAUGAUGCAUGUUUUAAUAGUUAAAAUAUUUUAAAAUUUCUAUUUAAAAAGUAGAUCUCCAUAAUUGACACAGAUAAUUUUGUAAUUUCUGGUUCUUACUGUUUUUGUGUUAGGAAAAUAUUGUACCUUGCAGUGCUUGAUUUACAUUUUUUGCUGUUUGAAAAAUCUUCACAUUUAUUGUCUCAACAGAAAUAAUUUUUAACUAAAUGUUUACAUUAUUGAAUGAGGAAAGUUGAACCAAUUGUUAUUACUAAAACUGGUCUAAAUUUAGGUCUAGUGUUUUGCAUUAGGUUUGUGAUUGAAUAUCUGAAGGAUAUCAGUUUCCACUCAGGUAUUUACAUUAGAAUUGAUACUAGAUUCAAAAUUGCUUGAUUGUAAUUUACAUUUUAAGUGUAAUGUAGAGGUUUUGCAUUAUUAGUGUUGUUUUAAAUUUCUACCUUCAUUUAGGCUUGUUCAUAAAAUGAAGAUUAAAAAAAUUUUUAGCUAAUAGAAAUUUAGGUAAAUGUACAGUAUUUAAAUCAUUAGUAGUUUAUUACUUGAACUUUUGUUCCUUUCGUUCAGUGUGCGAUAACAGCUUUUAUGUGGUACAACUACAUUUCCUUUUUUUUUCAUUGAAAUUUUACCUCUUUAACUGAAGUUAUAUCUGUCUAUAAUAGCUUCAGGUUUCUGUAACCAACUCGUAGAUGAUUGAAGUUACUCUUGAUAUAAAAUGAAUUAUAAAAAUUAUUUUUAGCAAAAUUUUAUAGUAAUUUCAAUACCACAUGGUAGCAAAAAGCUAUCUGGUUAGAAUCUUUAGCUUUUCUUGUUAGUUUCUAUCCUAUUAUUUUCCCCUCCUUAAAAAAAAAAAGUCUACAUUGCCAGUACCUUCUCUACAAUUUAAGGAAAACUACAUAUUUGAAAGUGGAGUUAUUUUCACUGAAUUUUAGUCUUUCUGCCCAAGAUGAGCAGCACUGUGAUAGGGAGCUAUACUUCUCUCUCUUAUAACAGAGUUUGCAGCACUUAAUAUUCUUAAAAAAUAAACCUUUACCAAAUUUUGUACUUAUUUGCAAAUCAGCCUAGGAACACCCUCAAGAAAGCAACAGUGGAUUGUGUAGCAAAAUAGAGAUGCUGAGAUUACUGAGCUUGGGGAUUUUAUCAUGUUCACUGAAGAAUAAUAGUCUUUCAAAUAAAGAUAAUGAGGUUUAUAUAAUAAAUGGAAAAUAAUAUGAAUAGUCAAAAUAUUGUUUAAAAAAUUUAAACCCUUUUUAAGGCAAACUAAAUUGGUUAUUCCUAGGAGUAUCUAUCUUUCAUGUAUUUGGGAACUAAAGCAGUAAAUGCCAAGUUUUAUCUGUUUCUCUCCCCACUUUUAGUUAAUUGAUACAAGUAAUUCAACAGUAGUAUUACUGGUUUAAUUCUAUAAUACUUGUUAUCCCCUAACGUUUAAAAAGACAUUGCCUCAGUCCCUAAAGUAAUCUACAGAUUCAACACAAUCACUAUCACAAUCCCAGCUGCCCUUUUUUAUAGAUUUUGACAAGUUGAUGCUAAAACUUAUAUGGAAAGGCGAGGGACCUAAAAUAGCCAAAACAAUCUUGAAAAAGAACAAAACUGGAAGACUCACAUUUCCUGAUUUCAAAACUUACUACAAAGCUACAGUAGUCAAGACAGGGAGGUACUGGCAUGAAGAUAGACAUAUAGAUCAAUGGAAUAGAACUGAGGGUCUAAAAAUAAAUCCUCAUGUAUGAUCAAUUGAUUUUCAAGAGUGUAAAGAUAAUUCAAUGGGGAAAGAAUAGUCUUUUCAACAAGUGGUGCUGGGACAACUAGAUAUCCACAUGGAACAAACGGGAAAAAAAGACAAACUGGACUUCAUCAAAAUUUAAAACUUUUUUACAUCAAAGGACAUCAUCAAGAAAAUAAAAGAACCCACAGAAUCGGAGAAAAUUUUGCAAUCACAUAUCUGGAAAGGGACUUGUAUUUUAUAUAUAUAUAAAUAACUCACAACUCAAAAUGAAACUCAAUUUAAAAACGGGCAAAGGAUCUGAAUAGACAUUUCUCCAAGGAAGUUGUACAAAUGGCCAAUAAGCAAAGAUGCUUACCAUCAUUAGACAUCAGGGAAAUAAAUGCAAAUCAAAACCACAAUGAGAUACUAUUUCACACUGGGCUGGCUAUAAUAAAAAAGAUAGAUAACAACAUGUGGGCAAAGAUGUGGAGAAAUUGGAGGCUUUGUGCAUUGCUGGUGGGAAUAUAAAAUGGUGCAGCCCCUUUGGAAGAUAGUCUGGCAGUCCCUUAAAAAGCUAAGCAGAGAGGUAUCUUAUGAUUGACCCAGCAGUGCUACUCCUACCUACAUACCUAAGAGAAAUGAAAACGUGCCUGCACAAAAAGUUUUACAUGAAUGUCCAUAGCAGUAUUAUUCAUAUAAAACCCAAAAAGUAUAAAUCAACUGCUGAAUGGAUAAAUUGUAGUAUAUUCAUAGCAAUGGAAAGGAAUGAAAGACUGAUACACUCUACAACAUGGAUGAACCUUGAAGACAUCAUGCUAAGUGAAAAAAGCCAAUUAUAAAAGACCAAUUACAUGACUCCAUUUAUAUUAAAUGUCCAGAAUAGGCAAAUCUUUAGAGACAGAGAGACGAAGGAGAUGAUAACUAAAGAGCACAGGUGGCACUUCCCUGGUGGCGCAGUGGUUAAGAAUCUGCCUGCCAAUGAAGGAGACAUGGGUUUGAGCCGUGGUCUGGGAAGAUCUCACAUGCCGUGGAGCAACUGAGCCUGCGCGGUAGAGCCUGUGAGCCACAGCUACUGAGCCCACGUGCUGCAACUACUGAAGCCUGUGCACCUAGAGCCUGUGCUCCACAACAAAAGAAGCCACCCCAAUGAGAAGCCCACACACCGCAAUGAAGAGUAGCCCCCACUAGACGAACUAGAGAAAGCCCACAUGCAACAAUGAAGACCCAAUGCAGCACCCCCCCAAAAAAUAAAAAGCACAGGUGUUCUUUUAUGGGGUGAUAAAAUUGAUUUUGGUGAUGGUUGCUUAAGUCUGUGAAUAUACUAAAAACCAUUGAACUGUUUUGAUUUAAAUUGAUGAUCUGUAUGGUAUGCGAAUGAAGCUGCUAAUGUUAAUAAAGCUGUUGGAAAAAAAAAAGAUUACCUCUAAGAUAAAACAUGGUGAUGUGAAGAAAGAUACUGAUCUGUAUCCGUUCUUCUUUUCUCUUUAUUGUAUUUUUGUUUUCCUGUAUAUUGAAAACAACGACGACAGCCUACUUUUGUAGUCCUGAAGAGGCUGCUUUAACCUGGGAGAAACUUUUUCAAGAUAGCUCACAACCUGUGGCUUCUGGCAGUAGGUAAUCUAUUCAUUCUCUUGUAUCCUUAGGCUUGACUUUUGUUUUUUUUUUUUCAUUUUUCCCUACAAUUCAUUUUUUUUAAAACAUCUUUAUUGGAGUAUAAUUGCUUUACAGUGGUGUGUUAGUUUCCGCUUUAUAACAGUGAAUCAGCUAUACAUAAACAUAUAUCCCCAUAUCUCUUCCCUCUUGCGUCUCCCACCCUCCCUAUCCCACCCCUCUAGGUGGUCACAAAGCACUGAGCUGUUCUCCCUGUGCUAUGCAGCUGCUUCCCACUAGCUAUCGGUUUUACAUUUGGUAGUGUGUAUAUGUCCAUGCCACUAUCUCACUUUGUCCCAGCUUACCCUUCCCCCUGCCUGUGUCCUCAAGUCCAUUCUCUAGUAGGUCUGCAUCUUUAUUACUGUCCUGCCCCUAGGUUCUUCAUGACCUUUUUUUUUAGAUUCCAUAUAUAUGUGUUAGCAUACAGUAUUUGUUUUUCUCUUUCUGACUUACUUCACUCUGGUAUGACAGUCUCUAGGUCUAUCCACCUCACUACAGAUAACUCCCUUUCGUUUCUUUUUAUGGCUGAGUAAUACUCCAUUGUAUAUAUGUGCCACAUCUUCUUUAUCCAUUCAUCUGUCGAUGGAUACUUAGGUUGCUUCCAUGUCCUGGUUUUUAAUGGAGAGUGGAACUCAGGAGAUAAUACCCAGCAGCCCCAUGUUUGUGUGCAGGAAUGGUGUUAGGCAUGUUCUCUAACUGUACUUGUGGUCUCAGAUGCUUUUUUGUGGUCCCCUCCAAGGACCUUUCCAUCCCUCCCACCCCCCAAAAAAACCCCACCAGCAACGACCCCCUUCUUGCCCCUUUUCCCUCACUCCUUUACUGUUUCUCCCUCUUCCUUCAAUGAAACACAUCAAGGAAAAUAGGACCUUGUAAGUAUGCAAUUGCUGUAUUUCAUAUUCUUAAUUAGCACGCAUAAAUUUAGCAUUAUCUCCUAACAGGCAUUCUUACCAUUAGUCAUGCUCCUUUAGUUCAUUGUCCUUCUAAAUAUUAGUGUUAGUUUGGGUAGCCUUUAAGUGUAUUUAAUAUAAGGAAAAGGGUGAAGGGAAGAAAUAACCAUUUAUAAAGUUACUGGAUUUCAUUGCUAGUGGUAAAUAAUGUUUUAAUCUUUUGCCAAAUGAACAACACCUUUUAAAAGGAAAGGAAAAUUUUAUGCAAAUGUUUGUAAACAUGUAUGUAAAUAUGUUGUUUUCUUACAAAAAUCAUUAAUAAAAAUGGAUUUUUAGUUUCUUCUUGAA